UUUGCAUCAGGGCCAGCCAAGUCAGCACUGCAUCCAGUUUAUUCGAGUAUCUCGACGAAGCGGUCAAGUUAAGUAAAUAAUUUAAACCAACAAAUAAAAGUAAAAGCAAAGUACUCUUAUAGUGAUGCCUUUCCUAACUAAAGCAAAAGGAAUUCUUAGAGAAUAUUGUGAAAAUACAAGUUUGGUAGGACUUGGAUAUAUUUCUAAUCAGAAGAUCCAUUUAACAGAGAGGAUAUUUUGGCUGAUUUGUAUAAUCAUUUCUGCUGGUGGAUCUUACUACCUUAUUCGAGAAUAUCAAAACGCUUUUGAAAGCGAAGCCAUCAGCUUGGUUAUCGAGGGAACAGGGCCACAGGACAAAACCCAGUUUCCAGCUGUUGCCAUAUGUGAGGAUGGAAAUGUUAAGGUCCAGUAUGAAAAACUAUCAGACUACAUUAAGGAAUUGGGUGCACAAUAUGGAACAACUGAAUAUAGUUAUGACGUCGAAGAUUUUCUUCUUCGAGUUAUAUUCGAAAAUAUGUACAGCUUUGGGUCAUUGAAACACUAUUGCGAACCAUUCUAUGACUGUGAUGAUUGCGUUAAAUGCCCCCAAUCAGGCUAUAAGAAACUUUCUGAAUUGGUACGUCAAAAUUGUUCUAAUCUUAUUGAAAACUGUAGCUGGAACGAUAAGCCAUUCAAUUGUUGUGAUUAUUUUCUACCGCUGCAGACAUCAGUUGGUCUUUGUUUUGUUUUGAACUCUGAACAAACUACCAAAAGAAAUGGUCCAAAUUGGUUGGAAACUGAAACUGGAUGGGAUGUUGGGUUCGGGAGAUUACAAAUGGAAGUAACGCACCCUGUUCAGCUACAAUUACUAAACGCCGAAGAUGUUCCCUCGUUUUUUAUUCAAGACCAUAUAUACAGGAUAAUGCGCCUUCAGACCGAUCAAGAAAUUCAACUAAGUGUCCAGAGUACAACAAAUGAUCCUGAUGUUCGUGAAAUAUCACCACAAUUCAGAAGAUGUAGAUUUCCCGAUGAGAAUUUCAAAGAUUCUUCAUAUAAAUAUUAUAGUUUUACAACUUGUGUUUCGGACUGUCUCAAGCGAUUGCAGAAUCAAACUUGUGGCUGUAUAAGUUACAAUUAUUUAGUAAAGAAUGACGAUAAAAGUCCUCUUUGCGAUUAUGAAGGAUUUCUAUGCCUCGAUCAAUCAGAUCUUCUUCGCCCAAGGCCAACAAUUUUGCAACCAUGGCGUUCGAAUGGGCUUGUUUGUAAAUGUUUACCAUCUUGCACUGAACAUGAAAUCAGUGUUGUACAAGCAUCAUCAAGAGUAAAUCAUGAGGCGAAAUUAAGUCAAAUUCGAAUAACACAAACGGUAGCAACUCAGCAAUAUCGAAGACAAACAGUUCGUACACGUUUGGAUGUUGUUGUGACGAUUGGAGGAAUUCUAGGACUUUUCAUGGGCGCUAGUAUCUUAAGUGGAAUUGAGAUUUUUUAUUUCUUUUGUGUUAGAAUUUUAAGUCUAACGAAUUAAACUAAUUAAAAUUUGUUCAUUAUAAUUUGAAUGCACUUGAAUUAAAUAAAAACUUGAUGAAAUGCAACCAUCUUCAC